GUAAAAUUUUGAAAAGAUAUAGUAAAGAAUACAUAUCAGAAUUGCGCGCAAGAUGUUUAGGGCUUAAUGUGCUUGAUUUCACCUAUGUGAUAGCAUCUGAAUUAAAUUUAAAUUUAAAUAUUAAUGAUUUCUGUUCGGAACGUGAAAUAAUCAACACGCCAAA